AUGGCGUCGCUUCGGCGAGCAAUCCGGCGAUUCGGGUCUGUCAAUGCCCUCCAACCGAUCAGUGCUGAUGUUGCUCCAUCUCCUACAGUCCCUGCCGAAGCGCCUCGCCUGAAUCUCCCGCAUGUGGAAACCCAACUGAAUAUGCACCAAUUUAAUGGUCUAUUCGAGGACGGUACCCCGGCCGCCGAUGGCCUGAGAGGUCGGUUUAGAAUCCAUGCCAUCGCAAUGCGCAACCUACUCACUCCUAUCCGCCCGUCUACAGAUUCACACGGCUCCCCCUCACAACCCUCACACCCCUCCAACCUCUUCAAUCUCCCGAACCCCUCUAAUCCUUCCAACCUCCCCACGAGUCCGACCUUGAACGGCGUCGCCGACGAGACCCCCACAGAAUGGUCGGCUGUCGGACACGCCGCUACCGGCAAGUCUGGGCGGGUGAUUCACAAUCUACAGGAGGAAAUCGCCCGUCUCAGACGCGAAUGUGGCGUGUACCGAUCGCGCGCGGAAGAAACCCAACGGUCGAACGACACUCUCAAAACACAAGUGCAGAACAUGUCGGAACGCCUCCGUAACCUGGAGCAAGUGAACGAAACAAAUUUGAACUCGAUCGCGCGGAAGGAUCGCAAAAUCGAGGAGCUGCGCAAUGAGCUCCAAAACGAACGCGAUAAGCGCAAGGAGGCGGAGGCGAGUGCCAGCAAGGUAAACGACAUGAUGCGCGACGAGCGAGAGAAUCACCACCGGGAGCAGGCCGAGUCGCACGAACAGGCCAAAUACCACUCCACCCAAUACGACGUUCUGGUCGGCGCCACGAAGCGCGAGAAGGCCGAACUUAGCCGCCGGGUAAAGAACCUGUGUGACGAACUCAUCACCCUCAAGCAGGCCCAUGAAAAACAUGUCGUGUCUACGGGCCGGCUAGAUGCCAUUGCGGAUCAGAAGAACCGCGAAAUCGAAAGCUUGAAGGAUAUGAACGAGCGACUCAUGACGAGUCACGUGGAGUACAAACAGAUGAAGGAUGAUGAGCUUCGCGAAACCAUUGAGAAAGCGCAUGCCAAUGAUGCCCUGAUCGAGGCCGCACUCGCCCAGAUCAGGAAGACUGAAGAAGAGAUGAAGUGGGCCAUUCGAUUGAAUGAGUCCCGAGUUAAAGAAAAGGAGGGCGAAAAAUAG